UAUAGAAUAAUGAUGUAUUUCCCAAAUCAAAUAUCAUGGUAAAACUUAACAAUGACCCAUUCAGAUUCAUUGAUAAUAUUAGUUGAUGGAUCAUUUGUAAAAAGGUUUUAUUAACUCCUAAGUUAUGUCGAGUAGACCUUGUUGUUGUUGCUAUAAUUCUUAAUUCAUGCGUUGUAUGGGGAGAUUUAUGUCACCACAAAUAGAAACGAAAGCAAAGGUUGGGUUCAAAGAUGGUGUUAAAGAUUAUAAAUUGACUUAUUAUACUCCUGUCUAUCAAACCAAAGAUACUGAUAUCUUGGCAGCAUUCCAAGUAACUCCUCAACCUGGAGUUCCGCCUGAAGAAGCAGGUGCAACGGUAACUGCAGAAUCUUCCACUGGUAGAUGGACAACUGUGUGGACCGAUGGACUUACCAGCCUCGACCGUUAUAAAGGACGCUGCUACAAGAUCAAGCCUAUUCUGGAGAAGAUAAUCAAUUUAUUGCUUAUGUAACUUAUCCCUUAGACCUUUUUGAAGAAGGUUCUGUUACUAACAUGUUUACCUCCAUUGUAGGUAAUGUAUUUGGGUUCAAGGCCUUGCGCGCUCUACAUCUGUGUUUCCA